AGGGGGGCUCGCCCCCAAGACCAGGUGCUCUGGGGUGAGAUACUUCCCUGCUGUAGGAAGAGGUUCCCCACAGAAGGGCUGUUUCUGGUGCAAACCCCAAUUCUGGGGGAGCCCCCAAUUUCCUUCUAUGAAGCCCUUGAAUGAUCUCACUCAAAAUAAUGCAAGUGCCCAGGUGACAUGUCUUGGGGGACCUAUUCUGAGCGUCUUGGGGGGCCUGUAUUGAGCAUCUCGGGGGCCUGUUUUGAGCAUCUUGGGGGUAUGUUGUAAACAUCUUGGGGGGCCUGUUCUGAACAUCUUGGGGGCCUGUUCUGCAUAUCUUGGAGGGCCUAUUCUGAGCAUUUUGGGGGGUCUGUUCUGAGAGUCUUGGGGAGCCUAUCCUGAGCAUCUCGGGGCCUGUUCUGAGCAUCUUGGGAGCCUGGUCUGAGCAUCUUGGGGGUCUAUUGUGAACAUCUUAGGGGACCUGUUCUGAGCUUCUUGGGGGGCCUAUUCUGAGCAUCUUGGGUGGUCUGUUGUGAGCAUCUUGGGGGAAUCUGUUCUGAGCAUCUUGGGGAGCGUGUUCUGAGCAUCUUGGGGGCCUGUUCUGAGCUUUGGGGGCCUAUUCUGAGCAUCUUGGGGGGUCUGUUCUGAGCAUCUCAGAAAUCUGUUCUCAGCAUCUUGGGGGGCCUGUUCUGAGCAUCUCGGAGCAGCCAACUUAUUGCGGGGAGCCCAGCAGGAUGAGCAGGUGUACCUGGGAGCGGCACCCCCCACCCCCCCAGUCCUCACACCUCUGCCAGUUAUUGCACAGACACAGAUUUGUUGGUGACUCAGGUCUGGGCACUGUGAUUGUGUAGAGGUGGGAGGAGAUACCGAUGGAUGGACAGACGGGUGGAUGGACAGACGGGUGGAUGGGCAGAGGGAGAUUACAUUAGCACCCCUCACUGCAGCGUCCAUCGUUUAUAGCUCAUGAACACCUUUUUCAGGGCUGAAUACUAUUCCACCCCACUCAGUGUUCCUCUACCCACUGCUGAUGGGCCUGUGGUUUGACCCACUUUUCCGCCUGCUGUGCAUCACACAGACCCUUUGAGUGGACCCGUCGUCCCUUCCCCUGACUGGGAGGUGCCCAGGAGGGAACCGGCAGCCCCCUGUGGUGUCACCGUGUCCAACCCUUGAGUAACCCCAUUGGUUUCUGAAGUGGCUGCACCCCAGGAGGCCACGAGGGUCCUCACGUCUGUCUCCUCACCCACAUUUGGUCUCUUCUGCCUUCGCCCUCCAGGUGGUGGCCACCCCAGCAGAUGUGAGUGGGUCUCACUGACUAAGAGUCUUUUAGGGGGAGGGGACUUACUUUAAAAGGGGGGCGGGUGCCAAGCUCCCUUGUCAUUUCCCGACAGGGCCGCGAACGGAUGGUUUCAGCGUGAGGGAUUGCGCCCCCCACCUCACGGGCUCAGCGGCACGCAGGCAGCUGGCCAGUGUUUGCUUUAGGAGGACAGGUCAGCAGAACUCAGUGUCCAGCAGCCCAGGAGGUCAAGGCCAGGCAGCCGUGCUGGCCCUGGGCUUGGACGGCACAGCCGCUGGCACCGUGUCCCUCCUGACCAUGGCGACCACGUGCUCAGCCCUCGGAGGAGACAGGCCCCGGGUGGCGGGCACCGGCCUGUUUCCAGAGCAACUGGACAGGGGCCAGCAGGGCAGGCCGGUUUUCUCUUUCUUCUUUAUCAAGGUGACGUGGGUUUGGGACUCUGUAUGUGAUUCUGGGGCAUAGGGUCACAUGUGUGUUACCGUCUGACCCCCCAACACAGCCCAUGGUCCUUCGCCGUAGACCACUGUGUCCCCGACCCUCCAGCCCCCUCUGGUGGCCUCAGUUCUGCAUGCAGAUUUCUGGGUUUGUUUUGCAUUAGGGUGAGGGUUACGGCUUAGAAUUUAGGGUUUAGGGCUAGGGUUAGGGUCAUGGUUGGGGUCUGUUCCUUUGCUUAAUUUCUCUAAACUCGACACGAGUGAAACUAUCCACCUGACUUCGCCUCGCCCCUUCUGUUCCUCUCCAUGGCGCAGCCAAUGGCAAGAGGCAUCUUUUUCACGGCUGCGUAGUAUUCCACCAUGUGAAAACCACCCCAUCUUUUUUUGCUUUUUCCUUUUUGGAAGAAGGUGGUAUUCGAUGGCAUGAAAUUGACAUUUUUUAAGUUUUUCAGAUGCUUGUAGGUGGACCCGCAGCUGUAAGCAUGACUGUGAAGACAGCCUGGGUCUCCCCCACAGCUUCUCUCUCUCCCUGCCCCCCUCCACUCCCCUCUGGUCCUUAACCCUCAGCACCCCUGAUCCUUUCUCAAUUUUUAUGGUGUGGUCGUUUCAACAGUGCCCUCUGCUGGGGGUCAUGCCCCGGGGAACCCUUGUGAACCUGCUUAGCAGAAUUCCCUGCAGACUCAUCCAAGCUGUUGCCGCCACGAUGGGCUUUUCUUUGUAAUAACACCUGUGAAAAGUCCUGCGGAAAAUCACCGCGGGAUGAGCCCGCUCCCCCUCGUACACCAGCCGCAGCGAACGUUUCUGCUCCUUUCUCCUCGCGGUGGGAGUGUAACUGUGGCGCCGACGCCUCGAGGUGGAGUUUCUGGGUCAAAGAGAAUAUGCGUGUCACGGUUUCCUGGCCACGUCCUCCCGCCCCCUCCCGAGAAGACACAGUCCCGGUCGGGAGGAAACUGUGUCAGCGCCCAAUUAGGUGUUCUGGGGAGGACUGAUCCCAAAGAAGGCUCUUCCUUGUGACCUGUUCUGCUCGGUAAAAGCGAGCAACGGCCCUGCCUUCUACUUUAUUUAAUGGAGUCCCUGGACCAUGUCCAUCUGCAUUGAUUUCUCGGCACCUGCCAGUGCCUGCUUCACCUCUUUUGUCUACCUUGGGGGAGUUGUUAGGUUCUUGUCUUUUUUAACAGUGUAGACACUUCUCCACGGAAGAAGGCAACAGAUCCAGUGUCAGCUUCGAUUUCAAGCCACAUACAUGACCGGGACUUGGGGUGGGGGGGAGCGGGGGGCGGUUUUGCCAGCUUCUGAGCCGUCCGCCAGGCAGUGACCCACACCAUGGAGUCUGUAUCCUGUCCACAUCCUGGUCUGGGCGGUGACACCCUGGAGGUCGAUAUUUCUGUUCCCAGCACAGGAUCUGGUGCCCUCUGGGGUUGGGGCCUCGGCCAGCUGACCCAUGACCCUUCCUCCGUGACCUGAGACAGCCCCGGGGAGGGGUGGAGCCUGUUGGGAAGGCGGGUUUCACGGCUCGAGUGGCAUAAACAACAGCUGAGCACGCUCCGUUCCAAGCCGAGGGCCCCUGUCUCAGCAGAGCCCCCGAACAGUGCCCACAGGCGAGUCCUCCAUGUCUGCUCACGUUUGGGGGAACCCUGAAUGACCACUGACUUUGUGGACACCCAGGGAAUUUCCCAACAGCGUCCAGGGAAGGCUGGGACAAUGCACUAGGCAAAAACAGAGCCCGAGCCGGGGCGGUCAGCCAGCUGCCUGGAGAAAUACUGUGGGGCCUUGCCUCUGACAUGGGUCAUCCCAGGAGGCCUUUCCCUGCACCCACUGAGAGCCCCCGGCUGCCCCGGGAGGUCUUCGUGGAGUAGACAGAAGAGGAGCAGUAGUUGGCACCUGGUGGCCCCAUCUUCUGUGUCUUCCCAGGAGGGAAGUGGUGUGGGAUGCCCCCUGGGGUCUUUCUUACAAAAUUCCAAUCUCUUCAAUUUGUCUUUUGUUGGUUUAAUUUGAAGGCGUCUCAGCAUCAACCCCAGAGACCCCUCCGCUGGUGAAGCCGUCGCAUUGCUGGUUAGGAUUUAACGUGUGAAUUUUAUGGGGUGGGGGACGGGAGAAUUAUGAAAUCCGCGUCCUAUACCGCCCGCUCAAACUCAAGUAGAAAUGGCGUUUGCGUGAAAUGGGCUUGUUUUGAGGGUCACAGAGAGACAACUUAGGAGAAGUGAAUCUGGCCGUAGUAGUUCCAGGUCAAGUUAGUAGUCGCCUACAGAUCUAGGAGCCCCUUAUGACUCGGGAAUAGCCGGGUGGUUUAUUCCGGUCAGAACCAGGCCAGAAAACACCAGUGCGACUUUUUAUUAAAUUCAGCCUUUUCUCGGUUUCGUUUUCCCCGGCAUGGCUUUAAAUAACCCAAAGGGUUGCUUUUUAAAAGAUACUCGUUCACGCUCUGUUGUCCCCGAGGUCUGCAGGAGUUCCUCGUGCAAUUAAUAUGAAAUAUCUUGUUUACACAGGCGAAUUAAAAUAUGUGUGUUUAAGGCUUUGCUCGCUGACAAGAUGAUUAAUUGUAAAAGGAAGUCAUUUGUUUCCCUAGAUUCAGAAACACACAGAGCCACAAAUAAAGGAAAUUAAAGUCAAGCUCGGCAUUCCUAUGUCCUUUCUCCUGCGGAAUUGGUUCCUCUCGCUCCUUCUGGGGCCCGGUUUGGUGGCCACUGGCCCAUCGGUUUUCCCGCCACAACCGGGACGUGUCGCCAUAGUGACCGGAGGGACAGUUGGCAUCGGCUAUGCCACGGCCAAGCACCUGGCGAGGCUCGGGAUGCACGUGAUCAUAGCGGCCAACGACGACGCCAGAGCCCAGGACGCGGUGAGCCGGAUACGCCGGGAGACGCUGAACCAGAAAGUGGAGUUCCUCUACUGCGACCUGGCGUCCAUGAGGUCCAUCCGGCAGUUUGUGCAGAAGUUCAAGAAGAAGGGGCUGCCCUUGCACGUGCUGGUCAACAACGCGGGGGUCAUGAUGGUGCCUGAGAGGAAAACCAGGGACGGCUUCGAAGAGCACUUCGGCCUCAACUACCUGGGCCACUUCCUGCUGACCAACCUGCUGCUGGACACCCUCAAGGCGUCGGGCUCGCCAGGCCGCAGCGCCAGGGUGGUGUCGGUGUCCUCGGCCACGCACUACGUGGGCGAGCUGAACAUGGCCGACCUGCAGGGCAGCCUCGACUACUCCUCGCACGGUGCCUACGCGCAGAGCAAGCUGGCCCUGGUCUUCUUCAGCUACCACCUGCAGAGGCUGCUGGCCGCGCAGGGCAGCCCGGUCACCGCCAACGUGGCCGACCCGGGCGUGGUGGACACGGAGCUCUACAAGCAUGUGUUCUGGGGCAGCAGCAUCCUCAAGAAGAUGCUCGCCUGGUGGGUGUUCAAGACCCCGGAUGAAGGCGCCUGGACCUCCAUCUAUGCAGCAGUCACCCCCACUCUGGAAGGGGUCGGCGGCCGCUAUCUGUACAACGAGAAGGAGACCAAGUCCCAGAAGACCACGUAUGACCUGAAGCUGCAGCGAGAGCUGUGGGCCAGGAGCUGCCAGAUGACGGGCAUCCGUGACGUGACCAAGGACAUCCUCUCAGAGUAGCCGCCGUGCCCGGACGGCCUUGCGUCCCCGCCGCCACUCACAGGUCUGUGGAGGACCCCGCGUCCAGUGUUCAUGUCCGCCUGCCUCGGGGCUCUGUCCCAGCCCCUGGCGGGAGGUCCAAGGGCAAGAGGUGUCCCUUGCGAUGCAUCCCGUAGCUCGUAGUGUUCUACGGGUGCCACGAAUGAUUAAAUCCUGCCGUCUGAGUGUGUGGCGUCCCUUCCUUAGGGCCGAUGCGUAGGUGCGGGUAGAAACCUUCUGGAAGCGAGUCCUGUCCCUGGGCCAUCGUCCACCACCACAUGUGGGCCCUGGUCAUUGUGAGGGUCCUGGGCCCUUGGUGCUCACACGCACUCAUCACGCUGGAGAGCCGGCUUUGGCAGGGGUCCCACAUGGAGCCUCCCAGCAGCAGCCACCACCACACCCGACACCCAACUCCACCCUGUUCACUCAGGCCACCCCAUGGGCACUGCCGUCAGCCUCCAGGUCUCUCACCAGGCACUGGACAGUCUGUAGGGGAGAGAAUGAACAGUUCAGAAACACCACUGCCCGUGGGAAUCUGUGCACAGGGACAACGUUGGGCCAGAGACACCAGGGGUCUGUGGGACAGGAGACUGGGCUGGACAUCACUUGUCUGGGGUCUACGAGACAGAGACAGGGAGACAGGGCUGAACAUCGUCCAUCUGGGGUGUAUGGGACAGAGACAAGGAGAUGGAGCAGCUGGACAUCCCCUAUCUGGGGUCUGCGGGACAGGGACAAGGAGACAGGGCUGGACAUCACCCAUCUGGGGUCUACGGGACAGAGACGAGGAGAUGGAGCAGCUGGACAUCCCCCAUCUGGGGUCUACGGGACAAAGACAAGGAGACAGGGCUGGACAUCACCCAUCUGGGGUCUACGGGACAGAGACAAGGAGACCGGGCUGGACAUCACUCAUCUGGGGACUAUGGGACAGAGACAAGAAUGGGUUGUACAUCACCCAUCUGGGGUCUACGGGACAGAGACAAGGAGAUGGGGUGGCUGGACAUCCCCUCUCUGGUGUCUACAGGACAGAGACAAGGAGACCAGGCUGGACAUCACCCAUCUGUGGUCUACAGGACAGAGACAAGAACGGGCUGGACAUCAUCCAUUUGGGGUCUACGGGACAGAGACAAGGAGACAGGACUGGGCACCACUCACCACGGAACUUUAUAGACAGGGAGAAGUAAGGCGCGAACAUCAGUCAC